AUGUCAACAGAUAACACGGCAAACACACCAAAGUCCGCAAAGACGAAAAAGAACAAGGACGACAAGUCAGCAAAGAAGCGACGACACGACGAGCAAGCCACAGCACCAGGAGCAGAAGCAUCAGAACCCACAAUCGAGAGCCUACCAAAGCGUCCGCGCAUUGCCUCGCCAGCUGCACACGCGGACGCAACCAGCACAUCACCUUUUGUCAAGCAAACCUCAUCCUUCUACCUCCCUCUGUCGCCAAUCUACCACGCCUUCCCCGUCGACGGCCUCUGCGCAGAGCACAUCUCCCCUCUACUCCUCACCUACCACCCACCCCUCGGCGGCGUUAUCCUCUCCUACUCCAACCCACGCCUCUCCAACACCCCCGCCAACGCUCCCUCCUCGCGUGACGGUCCAGAUGCCUCUCCCACCGUUCUCGCAAAGUCAAUUGACGAAUACGCCGUUUCCUUCAUCUGGCUAACCGUCGAUUUCAUCCUGCUACGCCCCACCCCAGGCGCCGUCAUCGAAGGCUACGUCAGCCUCCAGAAUGAAUCCUACCUGGGUCUCGUGUGCUGGAAUUUCUUCAACGCAGGCGUAGACCGCAAGCGCAUUCCCUCGACUUGGAAAUGGGUGCCCAAUCACAAUGCCAAUGCCGGCACCAAGAGCAGCACCGAUUGGAUGAGGGGUUUGCGCAACAAGAGUGACGAAAGCAGUGGUCAUUACGUUGAUGAGAAUGGCAACAAGAUUGAAGGAAAAGUCAAAUUCACAGUCAAGGAUUUCGAGUCUGCGCCCAGCACGGAGCGUGAAAGAGGCUUCUUGAGCAUCGAGGGUACGCUGUUGAGUCCCGAGGAAGACAAGGCGUAUGACAAGGAGCUCAAGGCUGCGAGAAAGGUGCCGAAAAAGAAGAGGGUGCCUGCUUUGAAUGUCAACCCUGAGUAA